GAGAGAGGGUAUUGUGUGGUAAACAAGACUCCCCCACCUUCCUCCUCCUCCUCCUCUUCCUCCCUCACCACCAUUUUUCUUCAGCCUAUUUGCUCGUUUAAGUUGUCAACACCACUCCGUCUCCUUCCCUUCACAAGCUCCCCUGUUUUUAAAGAAAAAAAAAAAAAAACGUGACUCCGUCUGGUUUCAGGAGGAGAAAACAAGGGAGGGAGAUAUCUGCUGCCAUGGGUGCUGUUUUUUGCCCCGAGCUGGGGGAUGGGGGGGCAGCAAAGCCAGCUAAUUCCUGUCUAGAAAUAGAAAAUUCAUAAGCCGAAUAGGCAAGUAAGGUUAGAGCGAGAGAAAUGCACUCAAAUGACUACAAAGCUUUUGUUUUAAAAAUGCUGUAGUUUCUGCAUUAGGGAGAAAACAAAGAUGUUAGGAAGCUGUGUGGCAACCAGCAAGUCGUUUUCUUAAGUACUUAAGAGUGAUUAUAUAAUCUUGGUUGUGUGCACACACAAAAAAAACGAAUUUAAAAAAAAAAUGCGUAGAUAAAAUGGUUAUGAAGUGAAAACGAGGGCGAGGAAGAAGAGCUAGAAAACAGGAAGCAGAGAGAUUGUAGACAAAGGAAGAAACAAAGGGAGCAGAGACCACACUGUCUAGACUGGGUUAUUUCAGAAAACACCAGUUCCCUUCCUGCGCACCUCCUGUGAUUAUCUGCAAGCACCGAGUCCCCUUUUUGUUUUAAUCUCCAAAGAGAAUCGUUCUGCUGCUUGUUACAGAACCAAACUGGGCUUUUUCCUGUUCUGUCCUCCAGUGUGACUCAGUAGUUUUCAGCCCCAGCAGGGCCCUGAAAUACGAGCUAAGCCUGCGACUGAUACACCAGCUUUCUCCCCCCCCUUCUUGUUUUUUUGGUUCUGCUACAGAUUUGAACACACAUGAUCUUCAGAUGACCGACUUUAAGUUGUUCCACUUCGCUUAGAAACCACCUCAAACCACGCGGUUUAGAAGUCAGACGUCAGGUUUGCUGUGAGGGUGUUUUUUGGUGAAAGGAAGUUGGUGGUGAAUGACUGACUGGUGAUCUGCCCUGUGCUGGAAACCCCCUGACUUGCCCUGUCGGAUGUGUAGUGUUUUACAGCACAUCGAGCGUGUUUUAAGAACAUUUCAGCUGCUAAUUGGAACAAGACGAGGCACAGCAAUGGCCCAAGAGACGAACCAGAGCCCGGUGCCCAUGCUUUGUGCCACCGGCUGCGGCUUCUACGGCAACCCGAGAACCAACGGUAUGUGCUCCGUAUGCUACAAGGAACACCUGACACGGCAGCAGAGCAGCGACCGCAUGAGCCCCCACAGCCCUAUGGGCUCAGCUGCUAGUCCUACCUCAGAGGCCUCGGCCAUCCAGAGACUAGAAGCAAGUCUAGCUAAGGUUGAUGCCUCCCCUGCCUCCUCGCCAGACAUGUCUAGAAAUAUUCAAGGAUCUCUUCCUGUGACUCAGCAAAUGACAGAGAUGAGCAUCUCGAGAGAGGACAAACCAGAACCCCUAGAGCCUGUUGUAAACCAGCCUGCUGCUUCUAGCCCUACUCCUGUAGCUUCUUCCAGCAGUGAAGAUAGCAAGGGUGACACCCCCAAACCCAAGAAGAAUAGGUGCUUCAUGUGCCGCAAAAGGGUGGGCCUUACAGGGUUUGACUGUCGCUGUGGCAACCUGUUCUGUGGCAUCCACCGAUAUUCCGACAAGCACAACUGUCCCUAUGAUUACAAAGCCGAGGCUGCCGCCAAGAUCCGUAAGGAGAACCCCGUGGUGGUGGCCGACAAGAUCCAGAGAAUAUAGAUGUGACAAAAUAACAACAACAACAACAACAACAAUAGCAGCGGCGGCGGCGGCGGCAACGAUGACAACAACUUUGACAAAGACUGGAGUAUGAGUGUGAACCUUUUGAAAUGAGCACUGGCAUGAGUGGCUAAGUGAGGAUUAAAAGGACUUGAUUUACAAAAUAACAACCUCAAGAAAAAUGAUGGAGGGAAAAAAAAGAAGAUAAAAAAAGAUCCUGUCUGAGGGAGAUGCAUGAAUGAUCACUUUUCUCCUUUUUUUUGAUUAAUUCAUUAGUUUGUUUUAUCCUAUUUUCUGUGGUGUGACUUUGCCGCUGUUCAGUCCUUCUUUUUUUUUUUUCUAAGAAUAUGUAUUGUCUUAUUAAAAGCAGCCCAGGCUAACUGUCCAGGAUACGCUGUGCUCCUCUCACCCCCAAAACCAGGCGCCAUUUUGUGCCAAACCGUAGACAACCAUUU